AAGAACCAAAAGUGUGUUAGUUUACUAGAAUACCCUUGUUAGGUAACCUCCAUAGUGUCCUGAAUAAACCCUAAACCCUAGAUAUUACUCAAAAUCGCGGCUCUCACUUGUAUCAUCUUCAAUUCAAUGGCGGAUUCAGUGAUAUCGUUGGACAAAGUCAAAGCUUUCUGGAAUUCUCAGGUUCAUGAUGAAGAAAAGUGGAAUCUCAACAUGAAACUGCUUCGAGCUUCAGCACUCUUUGCUGGUUCCAUCAUUUUGAUGCGCCAGUAUGGUGAUCUCAUGGCUAUCUGAGGAGCCAUGGAUAUACAUUCUCAAGGACACUUGGACGAGGACCUAAAAUCUCGGAUCACCUCCUUUUCUAAGUAUGAAAGACAUCCUAUGUAAGAAAAUAGGUUACUGUUGUUGAUAUUGGAUUUCCUCAACAUCUCCUUUAUGGAGUCUAUUCUGCUGAUAGUCACCUUUCAUUCUAAUUUUCCUAUUUAUCAGCCAGCUAUUACUUGAAUUCUUUUUUUUGGUACUAAUAAUCAAUUAGCAGAUUGCUUUCA